AUGAGCAUCGAGAUGGAACACAACGGGUCGCCCUCGCACAUCACCAGCCGCACCGUGGUGGUGGUGCUCGAGCACCGAAGCGGAGACGUUGCCAGCCUCGGCUCCUCGCUCAAGCAUGCCGCCGACGCGGUGCACGAGACCCUCGGGCUCGACCCCAAGAGGUCCGUACUCCUUCGUGCUGGCGCUGCGAGCGACGGAGGCGACGAAAGCGAACAGCAGCAGCAGCACGAGGCCGAGGAGCACGAAGUCGUAGCGGCGACGGCGAUGGCCUACCUGGUGGCGGGCGCCAAGCUAUCGCUGAGGGUGGCGGUGGAGCAGCUCACCACCGUACUCGGGAGCGACCGGGUGCAGCGCAUGGGCGACGGCUUCAAGCGACAGCUCAUGGCCAUCGAGACCCACGUGUCGCGUCGUCCUCCCUCGCACGACUUCUUCGCGCCACCGAGCCCCACCGCCAAUGUCGAGGCGGUGGCCUCGGCCCCCGCGCCCACGCAGUCUGGCCCGGCGACGACACAGCCGGCCACCAAAGCGAUCAAAGCCGAUGGGCCGGAUGGCUGGUCCUCUGUCUCGGAGCCAUCCGGCCUUGCCCGCCGAUGCGUCAGUCUCGUCUUCGACUUCAACCCAGUCGUCCCUGCGUCCACCGACCUCAGCGCCGCAUCGGCUCCCUCCACGCCCAUGCUCUCCCCUCGCAGCAGCUCCUCCCAACCUACUUCCCCCAACCCCUACGGUGAGUCCGACAGUCCCCCCGAUUCAGCUGGAGGGAAGAGGCCGCGGACGGAGUCAAGCAGCAGCAAGGAGCAGCCUCCCUCGAAGCGGCGCGGCCCCUACCGCUGCGGUCGCUGCGGGAUGCCCAAGCGAGGCCACUCGUGCCCCGAGAGCAGCAAAGGUCAAGACGGCCCGAGCGCGCAGUCGCCGGCGGUGUCGACGCCCAACACAAGCAGCCUCUCUUCGUGUCCCUCUACGCCCGCCGCGCCGGUCGUGGUGGCGACCGUGCCCGCCAAAGCCGAACUCCCGCCGCCGGCUUCUCUGCCGCCCUCGGCAUCGUGCACCGACACCAGCUCCACCCCGUCGCUGUGUUCUUCGACCUCCGCCGCCGCCACCGCGACUGUCGCAACCGCGUCAGAUGAGUCGGCAGCCAACGCCGCCGGAACUCCAUCAGCCGGUCCGUCAGGGCCAUCAGCAUCGGCGGCGGCCGCCGCUGCGUCGCCGGUGUCGCCCUCGUACGACGAGCUGAUGUCCAAGAUCGCGGAGCUGAUCCGGGAUCGGGACUACUACAUGAACCGCUACCUGGCCCUCCUCCAGGACGGCGCCGCGGAUCACCUGCCGAGCGGGGAGCAGCUCCAGCUCCAUCAGCAGCGCGCCGUCAAGCUUGGCGUCUCCUCCGUCCUGUCCACCCCCGACCGCCGCCAGCCGCAGCCGCAACAGCAGCAAGGCCUGGCGUACCCUUCUCCUUCGCGUUCUUCUCUCGCCGAUCACCAGCAGCAGCAGCAGCAGCGGUACCACCAGCAGCAGCAGCCCGGGAGCGUAGUCCACUCGCCUGCCUCCGCACACUCGCCCAGUCAUCCGCUCCCUAUAGGCCCCCGCUAUCAGCCGCAGCAGAAGCAGUACUAUCCACAGCAGCAGCAGCACACGCACCACGCGCUGAUGCGGACGUCCAGCACUGGGGACAGCGCGGGAGGGGCCCCCUACAGCUCGCCCUCGUCGUCCCCGUGCCUCACGCGCCACGUCGGAUCGUCGCGCUCGGGGUUGGUGUCGUCGUCCCCCGUCGCCACCACGACCACGGCCGGCGGCGGUCGGUUCACGAUCGGUCGGUUCGGCCCCGACGCCUCGGGCUUCUACUCGCCCUCGCACCACCACCGAACGACGCGAGAGCCCAACGGCGGCGGCGGCGGCGGCGCGCCCUUCCAUUUCUCCUCGCCCUCCUUCGCCCACUCCUCUUCCACCGUGGCCACGCACCCGACCCAACAGCUCGUCCUGCCCCACUUUGCCAACCCGACAGCUGGCGCCGCAGGCCUCGAGGACCAGCAGCAGCCGCAGGCUGGCCAGCAGUCAUCGACCUCGUCGGUGGUGUCACCCUCGCUCGGGACGUCGUCGUCGCCGCUCUCGCUCAAGGCCGCCGAGGACUUCUUCUACUGGGACGAUUUUUGUGCCUCGACCAACGGCUAG